CCCGCCAACGCACCUCUUCGCGCGUCGCACCGGCGAGCGAACCCGGUGGCCGCCUACGCCUCGCUUAGAUAAAGGUGGCCGGGAGGCUGAUCUGAUCGGCAUGGCGGCAGUGCAGCAGACGAGGGCGGCGGUGACGCGGCUCAGCUUCGGCACGGCGGGGGAGAGGGCGGAGGCCGCGGCGGAGGUCGGGAGGCUGGCGCGGCGUGACGAGCGGACGAAGCGGCUGCUGCCCGAGCUCGGCGUCGUGCCGCCGCUCGUCUCGAUGCUCGCCGCCGGCGACGGGGGAGGCCCCGGCGCGAGGACGGCCGCGGCCGGGGCGCUGCUUGAGCUCGCCAGGGGCGCGCACAGAAACAAGGUGCACAUUGUACAGGCCGGUCUUCUGACGAAGCUGCCAUUGCUCAUGGACGACAAGGAAAUGUCAAGAAGCCAUCAGCUGGCGCUCCUCCUCCUCUCCGUCUCCUCCCUGGCGAACACCGACUUCCCCCUCGCCACCUCCGAGCUCCUCCCCUUCCUCGUCGCCGUCCUCAGCGCCGACGACGCACCGGCCGACACGAAGCUGACAUGCCUGGCCACGCUCCACAACCUCUCAACCAAGCUCGAGCACGUCCGCGACGUGGUCUCCAGCGGCGCGGUGCACGCGCUCCUGGCGCUGUCCCUGGACACGAAGACGUCGGAGCCGGCGCUGUCCGUCCUCGGCGACCUGGCGGCAAGCGCGGCCGGGAGGAAGGCGAUGGAGGAGGACGAGACGGCUCCCAGGGCGCUCGUGGAGGCCAUGACGUGGCACGAGAGCCACCGGUGCCAGGAGCUCGCCGCGUACCUCGCCAUGGUGCUCGCGCACGGCAGCCGGCUGCAGCGGCGGAGGAUGCACCAGCUCGGCGUCGUGCAGGUGCUCCUCGAGGUGUCCCUCCUCGGGACACCCCUCGCGCAGAGGAGGGCGGCCAAGAUCCUGCAGUGGUUCAAGGACGACGGCCAGAGCAGGAUCAGGGCGCACUCCGGCCCGCGCACCACGGAGGGCGCGUCAUGCCAUGGCGGCGACGACGACGGCAACGGCGCCAAGGAUCGCCGGAAUUCCGUGGACAGGAUAGUGAAGCAGAGCCUUGAUAGGAACAUGAAGUCCAUACUGCGCAGAGCCACGGCAUCCGUGGACCUGACGAAUGUGAAGUUGCUAGUUGGGAGCUCCAGCUCCAAGAGCUUGCCUUGUUGAGCUCCAUCCAUGAGAGAGAGCAAAUCUUCAGUUUAGUUUACAAAUUCAGUUUGUGUGAUCUAUGUGAUAUCGGUAGUUUUAUCUUCAGAAUUUAGGGCAAAAGAGUCGGUGUCAGUUGUACAUGGAAUACUCAGACUCCCAGCCACAUUGAGAUCAAGAGAAAUACUUCUGAGAAAGAAAAAAUGUUCCAU